AUGAUUGUCGGUGAAAUGUCCAAAGAGAUGGAAAUAACCCAACAGCAUCACAUCGAGCUUGUCUCAAGCGAAGGAGACAUGUCAGCUAAGGCUGAUACUUCCCCUAUCGAGCUUGAAAAAGGGAAGUUCGUCAACUCGGGUGAAAUACUGAAAUACAGUGAAGAAGAUGAUGAAGCUCUACAAGCGAUCGCCAACUACAAUGGACCACCGCUUAUCUUGGAUGGGAAGACGAAUCGCAGAUUACUGAGAACAAUAGAUUGGCAUCUCAUGCCCAUAUUAUGCUGCGUCUUCUGUCUUAACUAUUUGGACAAUACUACACUCUCCUAUGCUAGUAUCAUGGGUAUCAAGGAAGACCUGGAUUUGGUCGGAGAUCAAUAUUCAUGGCUUGGGUCGAUAUUCUAUGUUGGAUGGCUUGUUUGGGAGCCGCCUCCUUCAACGACUCCCCCUGGCCAAAUACUCUGCUUUCUGCGUCUUCACGUGGGGCGCGAUCCUAGCAAUAUUUGCGUCAAUAAUUUCGCAGGCGCUGCUACUAUUCGGUUCUUGCUAGGCAUGUUUGAAGCUGCCAGUAUGCCGGCCUUUGCACUUCUCUCAUCACAAUGGUAUACAGUCCGAGAACACAACUCCAGAACUGGCAUUUGGAUCAGUUCAAAUGGAUGGGGUCAGAUAGUUGGUGGAUUGGUAGCAUAUGGUAUCUCGCGUCGAUUGUCUGAAGUUGAGGGCGCGAUCGCAGGAUGGAAGUUGAUAUUUAUCGUGACGGGCUGUUUCACCACUCUUAUCGGUAUUCUGUUCUUCUGGGUUAUCCCUGACUCACAACUAAACUGCCGUUGGCUAAGCUACCACGAUCGAUUUCUGGCCAUUCAACGAGUCCGCGUGAACGAACAAGGAAUCGGAAAUCGAUAUUUCAAAUGUCAACUGAUCGAAAGCUUCGGAUAUACCUCUCAACAAAGUCUUCUCUAUGGAAUCCCAGGAGGAGUUGUAGUCCUCAUUGCAUGUUUUUCGAAUGGCUGGGCUGGUGAUCGGUAUCAGAAUCGAACCCUGAUCGCUUGUAUACCUAUGGCCGUUGCACUCGUUGGCAUCAUUCUCAUUGUCGCUCUACCUGUUUCACAGAAAGGCGAUCCCGGCUACCGGUGCGAGUGUUCUAUCACCGUCGCCGCAAUCUAUCUCAUUGGAUAUUGCGUGGGAAAUAUUAUUGGGCCUCAAACCUUUCGCUCCAGUGAUGCACCGCGAUAUGUCCCUGCGGAGAUUACUAUUCUUGUUUGUUUUGCGGUUUGUAUUUGUGACUUGGUAUUCAUCAAUUGGUGGUGUCAACGGGAGAAUAGACGGAAAGCUGCGGUGCGCGCUAGCUCUGGAUAUACUCGUACGGCGAAUCAAGGGCUACGUGAUCUAACAGACCGCGAGAACCCUGAAUUUAUCUACUCCUUGUAG